AUGCCAACCACCACCGUCGUCUUGGCGCGAAACACACAUGGCUUUGACUUUGAUGACUCCAAGAAAGCUGAAUUGGAACUACUACUCAAGACGAAACUUCAGGGCGUACCAAAUCACCAUCUCCCUAGCCUCAUCCUCAGCGACAUACUUGAUCAAACGCCACGAGCGCUAAACAUUGCAAAUAUACCUCCAGACAUCCAGCUCCAAUUCUUCCUACAGAACCGCGCGGCGAUCGAUAACUACGCCGGAAAGGCGAUCAAAGACGACGACAAACAGAGUUUUGAUAUAACACGGGCGAUCUGGUUCUAUAGACUCGAUGAAGCACAUCAAUUCCAACGCUUUCACGACAUUGUGCGAUGGAAUACCGCGAUUUACGUUGCGCUGUUAGCUCAACAUUCGAAAGUAACCAGCAACAAAUACUCUUCUCACAGUGAAGUACGAGUGAUCCACCAUGGGCAUAGCAGCAAGGAUUCUUACAACCCGCGCAACACCAAAGACACAUACAAACCCCUUCCUUCCGCAGCCAUUCGUUUUAUAACUCAAUAUCUCACCGCCAUUCUCGAGCACCACAACACCCCUACCUCCAGCUUUGCCGCUCGCGAAUCUUUUCUUCGAGCCUGGAAAUCGGGCCCUUGGGAUUUGUUCACAGUUUUUGGCGGUGCGCAGAAGAAGUUGAUGAAGAAUGCUAUGAAGGUUUUGAGUAAGGGUUGGGAGUCUGAAUUGGCUAUUGCAAAGGAACAGAUGGGCAAGGAGCGAUAUGAGAGGGAGGUAGGAAAGUUUGUUGGGGGGUUGAUACCUGGGAGAAAAGAUCAAGGUGUGGGUGCGUGGGAGAGGAGGGUUGAGGAGAAGGCCAGGGACGGAGACAUCGAUAUGGAAAAUGCAGCGCCCAAAGAUCAGGGCGAAGGCAAAGAGUCGCAUGGAAACGGGCUACUAGAGGCACUUCUCUCUCCGUAUGUUUCACAUACUAAGCAUACCGAGAAACAAGCUGAAGCGGAAACUAGGGGUGGCAUGACUGCGGUUCAAGGUACGCCGGUCAUUGAUAUGAGGUAUGCGAUCACGAUGGUGCAGAGGAUGAAGCCUGAAGACAUGUUGCCUGUUCUUAUCUGUUUAUUUCCUGAGUAG